GCCAACUUCGCUUCAAAAAAAAGAGGCACACAUACACAUGCGCACACAGACACACAGACACACACACUCACAGCUACACACGUGAAGCCGUCCACCAUGUCAUGGGAACUGACCUAGGCACGUCACCCGAUGGCCAUCUGCACGUCACCCGAUUGAUUAGCACCCACUCGCUCACUCACCGACACACACAAGGGGUGAAUGCCAUUCAAACACAUGAACGAACAGGAAAGCGGAGCUCGUCGCGUUGCCGUUCAUCUGUCUCUGUCCCUGUCUCAAGGCCGGCCAUCGACACCAAAAAAAAAGUGGAGAGAGAGAGGGCAGCCAGCCAGAAGCACACGGGAAGAGAGAAGAGGUCAGCCAGAGGGACGACGGCGCAACACACACACACACUCGCAGGUGAUGAUAUGUACAGGCGCGCGUGUGUAUGUAUGUGUGUGUAUUGCUGGGUGUAUGGGUGGGGAGAUGGCUGUCAGCAGAAUCGCCGCUACGCCCCAUUUCUGUGAGAGUGGAUGUGUGACGCACAUCCACUCUGCGCCCUCAUUCCUCCUCCUCCUCCGAUGAGGGCGGUGGUGCUUCCCAACCCGCCAGAUGUGGUUCUUCUGGCUGUGGCUGUGGUUGUGGUGGUGGUGGUUGGACCAUGUUGGCGGCGGCCUCUGCAUUCUUCUUAGCCUUGGCCUUAGACCUGCACACACACCACAGCAGAAGGCACCGAUUUGUGUGCGUCGUCUCCUCAGCCCAUGAAUCUCCCUGUGUGUGGUGUGAGGUGCGACCAGUGUGUGCCCUUACUUCUUGGGCAGCAGGACGGAGUGGAUCUUGGGCAGUACGCCGCCCUGAGAGAUGGUCACGUCCUUCGUGUACUUGGCGAGCUCCUCGUCGUUCUUGAUGGCCAACAUCAGGUGGCGGGGCGUGAUGCGAAUCUGUCGCACACCACACACAAACCACACCUCACACCCCUCCCUCCCUCCCUCCCUGACCUUCUUGUGGGCCUUGGCAGCAUUGCUGGCCAGCUCCAGCACCUCAGCAUACAGAUACUCGAGCACAGCCGCCAGGUAGACGGGCGCCGUGCUGCCGACGCGCUUGGCAUAGCGGCCCUUCUUGAGGUAGCGGGCGAUGCGCGCCACGGGGAACUGCAGACCAGCACGCACCGACUGACUCACCUGCAGAACCAACCACACCACACCGCACCACACCGCAUAACGAACCAAGAAAGGGCGCCAACACACCACACCACAUAUCACACAGAUCCAUGGUGCCCAUCCAUGCUCCAUCUAUGUAUCCAUCCAUCCAUCUGCGUGCUGACCUUCUUGGUCUUCUCGGCGGUCUUGCCGCGGCCGCCCUUGCCUUUGCCCGACAUCACCGCACACACAGCACAGAUGCCUUCGCGAGGUGCACACGUGCAGAGAGGAGUGGUGGACAAGAUGCGCCGUCGGGUGGCUGUGGUCAGCUGCAGAUGGCCUUGGAAAGUGGCCGCUAAGAUCCUGUCCGCUCCGCGACGUAAAUUGCGCUUGCGGCCAGGAUAUCCUCUGUCAGAUCUGGGAUCCUCCUAUCAACAGGUUCAAAGCAGGUGCUGAUGAAUGAUGUUUGCUGACGGACUUGCCUCAAGAAGGAGGAGAGAGAAAGCCGAGAGCAGCAGCACAUACGUUAGCGUGAAAACAGCUGCUGCCGAGAACAGCUGAGCUGGCCAUGCCAUCGCAUUUGCCCCUCCCUCCCUCCCUCCCUCCCUCCAUCCAUCCAUCCCUCCCUCCAUCCAUCCAUCCCUCCAUCCAUCCCUCCAUCCAUCCCUCCCUCCCUCCAUC